UAUUAUUAUUGGAAUUUAGAUUUCAUUUAAUCUGUUGUAAGAGGCGCACCCUAAGGUACAGUAGAUCUCCUUUACUUUUUCUUUCUUUCUUGAUUCCUGCAUCAGAUCCCCGUUCAUUUUCCAAUAUAUAUAUAUAUAUAUAUACACUUUGCUUGAAACUAUAGUGAGUGGAGGAAGAAAAUGGAUUUUAGGGAUGGUAAAAAGAAGAGGAGAAUGAGUGAUAAUGAUGUGGAUAGAUUAAGCAUGUUACCGAAUGAUCUGAUUCAGAAAAUCCUCUCUUUUAUUAGCACUAAAGAAACUGUCAGAACCACUGUUUGGUCAACUAGAUAUAGGUUUAUCUGGACUACUAUGCCUUACCUUAAUUUCUCAACUCAGGAUUUUCCUAAGUUGCAGAAAUUUUCCAAGUUCAUCACACAGUAUCUUAAACGCCGCAAUAGUCAAAUAGACGCGUUUUCUCUCAAGCUCAGUUUUAUUGGAAAGGUUGCUCCACCACCAUCUGUAAAAAAAGUUAAGGACUAUGCACUCUCUCACAAUGUCCAACGACUUGAUAUUGUAUGUUUCUCUCAGUUUGACAUUGAAUUUCCCCUAUCAUUAUUCAGUUCUGGUGGCCAGUCUCUCAAACAUCUCAGUUUGAAAAGGGGAUAUAACCAUUAUGCCGGCCUUAAAGUGACAUCAAGUUUGGAGCUCCCAACUUUAACAACAUUAUAUCUCCAAGGUGUUUCUUUCUGUAGUGAUGGUCACACUGGCCUUUUAUCAAAGUGUGCAAAUUUGAAGAAUCUCACCUUAGAUUACAACUGUAAAACAGAGGGAUUGAGUAGUUUGAGUAUCUGCCAUUCUGGACUAACGAAUCUCAAAAUUGAUUUUGCGCGCUACGGUGGUGGAAAGGUUGUUAAUGUGGUUGCACCUCAACUCGAGAAACUCACUAUCAGAUCCCACGGCAAUAUUAGGCGGAAGCAUGAGAUUUCUGCACCUAAUCUUGCCUCCUUGGCUUAUAGAAGUUACUUUCCUAUGCACCUAUCCACAAAUGGUUUCCAUUGUUUAAAGGAGGCGGAUAUUUGGGUUAUAGAUCUAGGUGUUGAUGAUGCUUAUCAGAUGGUUUCUCUACUUCAACACCUCUACAAUGUCAAGUUUCUUACACUUAACUUGGAAAUUAUUGAGUUUCUUUCUUAAUCCGUUGAACUAAUCUCUCAUCAACCUUCUCCGUUUGUUAAUUUAAAGAGUUUAACUAUUUUCGCAAAAAAGCUUUCUGAGUGGGAGACAAGGGGCCUUCCAAAAGGGAAGGUCAGUUUGUCUACUGAGGUAAAAAGCUAUUUGUUGGAUAGUUCACCAGGGGCCACCUUAAACAAUUUUCUCCCGUGAGGAGAUUAUAACAAUCCAGGGCAUCCCAUCAACACGAAAUCUUAUGGCUGAAUUAUGGUUGCUUUUGGAACAAGAGAAAGCUAAUACUGAGACCCAAUAUUUGGAAUAAAUCUCUGUUCGAUAUUCAAUUACUUGCUCUUGAGUUGUUUUCAUAUCUUGUAGCCUUUUGGUUUGACGAGUCUAUUUAUGUAUCCUAUAAGUUUAAAACUCUUUAAAAUCAUGCAGGUGAUUAUAACAAUCCAGGGUAUCCCAUCAACACGAAAUCUUAUGGCUGAAUUACGGUUGCUUUUGGAACAAGAGAAAGCUAAUACUGAGACCCAAUCCAGGGCAUCCCAUCAACAUGAAAUCUUAUGGCUGAAUUACGGUUGCUUUUGGAACAAGAGAAAGCUAAUACUGAGACCCAAGAGAAAGCACCAUUGGAGAGCGACAAUGCAGAGAUGCAUAAGAUAAGGAAGGCACAACUUCAAAUUGAGGGAAACAUUGCACUGAGCAAGAGUUGUUGGAAAGAUCUGGGUGUGCAGUUUGAGCAAGGGAUAGCCAAGGCUUGUCUCAUUAUUUCCAUGGAGAGAAUUGAAGGAUUACUCAAAAAUCUGCCUGCAACAAACCGUGCUAUGAUUCAACCAUGUUUUUCUAGUCUUUGUGCCGAAACCGACAGUCUUGACUAAAAGAGCAGACCAGUAAUUAAACAGAAUUGCUCACGGCCAAACUCAAGUUCAAAGCCACGAACAUUGUACACCAACGGGUGGAGUUCCUCAUGAAGAUUCUGGUCAACAGGGAUUUGAGUCUGAAGAAUCAGGUUUACUAAACCGGGUUCAUUAUCCGUAUACGGGAUAUUCAACCGAUGCCCAGUCUAAACAUUGUAUCUCUGUUUGCAUUCUCGCUCAAUUUACGCUUUAUAAGGGUAAGAAAACCCAUCUUACUCCUAAUCGAUAAAUAGCUUCAUAAAA